GAGAGGCAGCGAUGUCGCUCGCCGACAUAAUCAAGUAUUGAGUUAUAUUGUUAUCGCAAGGCACGGUGGGCCGCCCCCCACUCAGCCGGUGUGCGCGGCUCGCGGAUCGCGCGCCCCUCGUCUCACCGCCACCGGAAGGGACGCACACGCCGGCAAUGAGCGGCCGCGGCGCCCAGCCCUCACGUGGACGGCGCGCGCCGGCGGCAACGCCGCGCCCAGGACGACGCCUCUCGUGAAGCCCAUCGCAACAGGGCCUUGGGCUUUGUGCAAUAGAGGGGACCAAACCAGGGGACCGGUGCCGCGAGAACAGACGAAAGCCCCACAGAUAGCGCGACAGCUCUGGAACCCCGGGAGGCCCUGCGAGUUGGACAGCCUUCUGCUCCUUCUAUACGUUUCGCUGCGUGGAAUUCGCCCCUUUAUCGAAACGACCCUGCUGCAACGGAGUCGCUGAGAAAGCGACGCCGGUAUCGCCUAUUCCUUGACCUUGUUGCUUUGUUGGCUGCAAAAGAAACCGUCACUGCAACAUGGAUUGCCGCGGAGGGAUGCCUUCACCAAAAAACACCCAAGGAAGCUCCAAGCGGAAGGUAAGGCGCCAAGACGGUCUUACCGAGUACGCUGCCUUUUUCGAAAGCUUGAUGGGAGGACCCAGUAACUAUGCACGCGGUGCAAGCGGCAACCCCAAGGCGCCCUCGCUGGCGGACAACUACAUGCAGCUGUCUCACUUCCACCAGGUGCGCGCCCUGUGCGACAUGUCGAUGGCUGAGCAGCAGGUGCGCGAGUACCUGAACCACUGCCCGCCGCCCUCGACGACGUCCGCCGCCGCCGCCGCCGCCGAAGCCGGCCAACAGGGCCCGCUUGGACCGCCACCCCAAGGGUCAGCCGGCGUGCCGCCACCCCCGCCAGGCUGCACGGGACGCAUCCUGUCCAGGAACGCCAACGGAACCAUCGCGAUGACGUCGCAACCCACCAACGAAUCCGAGCUGCAGUUGUACAGGGUCCUCCAGCGAGCCAACCUUCUCUCAUACUACGAUACCUUUAUUUGUCAAGGAGGCGAUGAUGUGCAGCAAUUGUGCGAGGCGGGUGAAGAAGAGUUCCUCGAGAUCAUGGCCCUCGUGGGCAUGGCCAGCAAACCUCUUCACGUUAGAAGGUUGCAGAAGGCGCUGCAGGAGUGGGUCAACAACCCAGCCAUGUUCCAGACUCCGCUGGUGCCGUCGUUGGGCCCUCCGCCCCCGGGCCACCACCCGGCGGGUCCUCCGCCCCACCUGCAGCAGCAGCAGCACGGCGUAUCCCCGGUGGCGCGCCCCAUGGGCUUGGCGCCCCCGCUGCGGCCGCCCGUCAGCGCCUCGCCGGGCCUCAAGGAGCCGCCGCCGCCCAGGAUUCACCACGCGCCGCCGCCACCACCGCCACCGCCACCGCCGCCGGCGCCACAGCCGCCUUUCGGCCAGGCCAACCUGGCUGAGUGGACGCCUCGGUCAACGCCGUCCAGCCAGGAACCUCUCUCCGCUAAUCCGGGAAUGCUGGGUUCCGGCGGGGAUUCAUCGGAUGCGGGCGUGCGCCCAGUGACGCCGCCAACGCCUGUGCUGGUCGAGGCCCAGAUCCGACGGCUGGCCGAGUCGGCGGAGCUCCUCGUACGCUCGCUCCCUCCGCACGCCUUCGUCGACCCCAGACCGCACGGCCGAAGGAUGUGUAAGGACCUAGAGGUAGGUGCGCCGGAAAUGCCCCGCGACCGCACUCUGUGUAUGAGCCGCUCGGUUACCAUGACUACAGCCUUUCUCGCUUCCUCAUGA